AUGUUGGUUUUGUUCGAAACAUCGGCGGGUUAUGCGAUUUUUAAGUUAUUGGAUGAGAACAAGCUGAAGAAUGUGGAUAACAUAUGGGAUGAGUUGUCGACAGCGGAGAAAGCACAGCAAUGUCUCAAGCUCAUUUCAUUCAAGAAGUUCAAAGAUACGAGUGAAGCACUAGACUGCGUGAAUCAUAUCAGUGACGGGAAACUUGGAAAAACACUUAAGAAGGUUCUGAAAGGCAAAGUAGACCAGAGUGAAAAUCUCGCUGUGGGUGAUACAAAAUUAGGCAGUAUUAUCAAGGAAAAACUGGAUUUGAAAUGUGUUUCGAAUUCGGCGACUGCAGAAUUAAUGCGUGGUAUUCGUGCUCAUUUGGAUAGUCUUCUUGGGGAGCAUAAACAAGAAAUGUCUGCUAUGAAUCUUGCACUCGCUCAUUCACUUGGCAGAUAUAAGGUGAAAUUCGAUCCAGACAAAAUCGAUACAAUGAUUGUUCAAGCAGUUUCUUUGCUCGACGAUAUCGAUAAGGAACUGAACAAUUAUAUUAUGAGGUGCCGUGAAUGGUACGGUUGGCACUUCCCUGAACUUGGCAAAAUUGUUCAAGAUCAUCAGGCAUAUGCGAAGGCUUGUUUUUUUGUAAUUUCAAAAAAAUUGAAUGUCAUUUCAUCAUUUUUUUCUGGACUGUGGAAAGUGCAACAAGUGAUUAUGGAGUGUAUGGUAGUGCAGAAAAUUGGCAUGAGACACGACGCCGAGAAGACAGAUCUGUCGAGUAUUCUGCCCGAAGAAUUGGAGGCACGUGUUAAGGAUGAAGCUGAAAUUAGUGCUGGCUGCGAUAUUUCUGAUUCAGAUCUUGCAAACAUAAGGCUACUUUGUGAUCAGAUACUUGCAAUGGGCGCAUAUCGUACACAAUUAGCUGAAUAUUUGAAGAAUCGAAUGGCUGCACUAGCACCGAAUUUGACAGUGUUGUUGGGUGAACUAGUUGGCGCAAGACUGAUCUCACAUGCUGGUUCAUUGAUAAAUCUAGCCAAAUAUCCUGCAUCAACGGUACAGAUUUUAGGCGCCGAAAAGGCAUUGUUCCGUGCUCUUAAAACCAAACGAGACACACCUAAAUAUGGUAUCAUCUACCACGCUCAGCUUAUCGGUCAGGCCAGCACGAAAACUAAGGGCAAGCUAGCGCGAAAAUUAGCCGCUAAAGUAUCGUUGGCGACUCGAAUCGAUGCAUUAGCUGAUGAGUCACAAGGUAAUCAGAUGGGUAUUGAAUGCCGUGCAUAUUUGGAAACAGUAAUAAGAAGUGAACAAGAACGUGGUGCCAAAAGAAUUUCGGGAGUGUCUAGUGCACACGAGCCAUAUCGUUUCAAGAGCGAGGUACUGGAUUAUGAUACAGCUGCGGAUUCGACGAUAAAGAUGCAACGAAAGAGAAAAGCUUUCGGAGAUGAAGAGGAUGAUGAGGCGAAUAAAUCUAGUGAAGGUACGCAAGCGAAGAAGGUAAAGGAAGAAGUUGACGAAACAGAGCAAAGUCACAAGAAAAAGAAGAAGGUCAAGGCUGAAGAUGUUGAACAAGCUGAAACGGUCACAGAGGAAAUAUCGACGCCCAAGGAAAAACAUAAGAAAAAAAAGAAAAAGGUUAAGCAGGAAGAAGAGGAUGAAGAAUGA